GUCGCCAUCUUCAGCGCCUUGCUUCCUGAAACGUCAUAAACGCACUCACCGUUUCCCUCUCAAGCUAAAGCCCUAACUCUCUCUCGCUCUCUCGCCCAUGGCAGAACUCAGUGAGCUGACUCGUCACAUUGAAUCAUACGUUGACACUUCUCGCUCUCCGAGUGAGCAGGUGGCAAGUUUACGGGCAAUCACUUCCCUUUUGAAGAAGAAUCUCCUACCUAUAGAGAUACUGGUCAGAGAAAUGGGCUUGUAUUUGACAAGUACAGAUAGUGUUAUUCGCUGUAGAGGUAUCCUUCUCCUAGCGGAAUCGCUGGACUGUCUCUCAUCGAAGCCUUUGGACACAUCCACUAUCCAUAGCUUGAUAAUAUUCUUUGCAGAUAGACUGGCGGAUUGGAAAGCUUUGCGAGGUGCACUUGUUGGUUGCUUGGCUUUGAUGCGGAGAAAGGAUGGAGUGGGCAUAGUAACAAUUUCUGAUGCAUUGGCUGUUACGAAGUCAUAUGUGCAUAAUCUACAUGUCCAGUCCUUGGCACAGCAUGAUAGAAUGCUUUGCUUUGAACUUCUGGAGUGCCUGCUGGAAAAUUAUCCAGAUGCCAUUGUUUCAGUGGGCAAUGAAAUCUUUUAUGCAAUAUGUGAAGCUGUUGAUUAUGAAAAGGACCCUCAAUGCUUACUAGUGGCAUUUCAUAUUGUUGAACUUGCGAUGCGCCUAUUUCCAGAUUUAUAUGGUCCUUCUGAUGGCAUAGUUGGGGAGAUAUUUGACACAUUGGGCCGCUACUUCCCAAUCCAUUUCACACAUCCAAAAGGCGAGGACGUAGAUGUCACGAGGGAUGAGCUUUCCCGGGCAUUAAUGUUUGCAUUCACUUCUACACCACUUUUUGAGCCAUUUGCAAUACCAUUGCUUCUCGAAAAACUUUCUUCUUCUCUUCCACUGGCGAAGAUUGAUGCUUUAAAGUAUCUCAGCCAUUGUACGUUAAAGUAUGGUGCAGACAGGAUGGAAAAACACGCUGUGGCAAUCUGGUCAUCAUUGAGAAAUAUUGUCUUUUCUUCAUCUCAAGAGCCUGUUUUAAGCUUUGACUGUGAAUCUGUUGAUGGCAUUGGAUUUUCAGAUGAUGACAUUGCAAAAGAGGCUUUAACAGUUCUGGAGAAGCUUUUUAUGCAAAACAGUGUCCUAUUCUUAAAUUUGAUUGUUAAUGAUGAGGAUAUAAAUCUGAUUUUCGACAACAUCAAUAGCUAUAUGAACUUCAGUAAUAUUUCCUUGCAAAGUAAGCGGAAAAUACAUGGAGUUGGUUGCAUCUUGGCUACUGCUGCAAGAAGUACUGUUUUCUCAUGCAACCGGAUAUUUGAAAGUUUCUUUCCCUGUCUGAUGAAUACUCUGGGGAUUUCCAUCCUCAAGCCCUCUGACAAUAUGUCUCCCAGUGGCAAGCAUGCAGUUUCCGGAACACUUAAUUUUGGGGCUCUUUACCUCAGUGUCAUAGUUCUUGAGGCAUGCAGAGACUUGACUGUGGGCUCUGCUCAAGUGGCAUCUUUUCCAACACACGAAACAUUUUGCUGCAUGCUUGAGAGGUUUUCAGCUUCACUAGCUAGAGAUUUUAUUUCUUACGUGGGGAGGGGCAAUGAGACAUCCAUGGCAGACGUUUUCCUUGGAGUUAAAGGCUUGCAAAUUUUGGCCACAUUCCCUGGAAGUUUUCUAUCCAUGCCAGAGUCCUUGUUGGAGUACAUUUUGACAGCACUCGUCUCAAUUAUCACUGAGAAUUUCCAGGGCACUCUUUCAUGGAACCUGGCUUUGAAGGCACUUGUCAAUGUUGGCUCAUACAUAGAGAAAUACCACGAGUCCAAGAAAGAGAUAUCCUAUAUGGUUGUUGUUGAGAAGAUUGGUUCAUUAUUGACUGCAGCUAAAUGUAUGAUGCCUUACUCUCGCAAACUGGAGGCUGUUUCUGAGGUUGGCAUGAGUGGAAGAAACUAUAUGCUAAAAGUUGUUCCAAGACUAGAAGAAGCCAUAUUCACUAAUUUAUCAGAUCUUUAUGUCAAUGGAUACAUGGGGCCAGCUGAAAACACAGUUCGGCUUUUGGAAUGCUACACCAAUAAGGUUCUUCCAUGGAUAAACAACUCAGAAGGUUUUGAUGAAGUUCUUCAUCUGUUUGUGAUCAAUAUAUGGAACCAAAUAGAAUGCUGCAAGCAUUUCAGUACAAGGACGGAAGAAAAGGAUAUUUUUGAGGCAACCAUGAAAACUAUGAAGUUUGCCGUUUCAAAUUGCUCAGAGACAAGCCAUAAUGCAAUUGUCCAGAAGGCUUACGCAGUUGUUUCAUCAUGCCAUUUCUUUUCAUGGAAUGAAUCUGCUGUCAAUCACGUUGAAAUGAGGGGGUUGGAUAUUUCUCAUGAGCUAAAACUAUCUAUCAGAGACAGAUGGGUUCUCUCUCUAUUUGCAUCCGUAAUAAUGGCAAUACAUCCCCAGACUCGCCUUCCUGAUGUGAGAGCUACACUGUGGCUAUUCAUGGAAAUGCUCCUCAAGGGGCAUGUUCCAUCAGCACAGGCACUGGGCUCUUUGGUGAACAAAUUCGGUUCAAAAGCCAAUGGCCAAAGUACUUUGGAUGAGGCAAUGGAUAUAAUUUUCAACACAAGUAUUAGCCAUGCGGAUAGCGCUUAUGGAAUCUCUAUGGGUAUAGGGGAUAAAAGCACAAUGAAUUUAGCAGAUUUGUGUUUUGGUGCUUCAAACAGUAGACUGCUUCAAAUAAAUGCCAUUGUUGGAUUAGCAUGGAUAGGAAAAGGUUUGUUGAUGCGUGGUCAUGAAAAGGUUAAAGAUAUUGUUAUGAUACUUCUGGAGUGUUUGUCGUCCAAAGGUGGGAGACACUUAAGACAAGAUUCUGGACAGGAAAAUUGUGAGCAGGAUGUAUCUUCUUCUGUCAUGACCUAUGUUGCAGAUGCAUUUCAUAUCAUGAUGAGUGAUUCAGAAGUUUGUUUAAGUCGAAGAUACCAUGCAAAUAUACGACCUCUCUACAAGCAGCGGUUUUUCUCAACUAUGAUGCCCAUGCUUCAAGCAUUGAUCAUUAAAUCUGAUUCAUUGUUUCAAAGAUCUGUACUUUGUCGGGCUCUGGCAUAUAUAAUGUCUGAGACUCCCCUAGUUGCUGUCCUGGGAGAAGCAAAAAAGCUCACUCCAGUUCUUCUAGAUGCCUUACUGAUGUUCAGCAAGGAUAAUCUGGACAAAGAUACGAUGUACAGUCUUCUGCUGCUCCUGUCUGGAAUAUUGACAGACAAAAGCAGCCAGGAGGUUGUCAUUGAGAAUGCCCAUAUCAUUAUUAAUUGCCUCACCAGGAUGGUUAGCUAUCCCCAUAUGAUGCUUGUUCGAGAGACGGCACUUCAAUGUCUUGUUGCCAUGUCAAUGCUGCCGCAUUCUAGGAUUUACCCCUUGAGAACACAGGUAUUGCAAGCUGUAUCAAGGGCACUUGAUGAUCCAAAGAGGUCUGUGCGACUACAAGCCGUCAGAUGUCGGCAAGCCUGGUCAUCAUCACCUGUAACAACUUAGUUUCUGGGAGUGCUCGAUGCUGACAAUCAGUUUUCCUAAAUUUUUCCAACGACUGGACACAUACCCCCUUAUUGAUAAUUGGAAAGAAUGUAAAUAUUUGCACAUUUUUUAAUUAGCAUGUGUAGUUAUUUGAUUUUCCUUCUCAAUUAUUCCCUAAACGAUGAGCGUCAUUGUAAUAUUUGACAGUAGAUUCUAUUUAGAUAUCUUGAACCUUUCAGAUGCA